CCACCACACACAGUAUCAUACGACCGCAUGCAUUCUGUGAUUAUUGCAUUCGUCGCGCUGUGGUUUGAGUGUUGACAAGAAACAUCACAACGAAAUCAGAUUUAUAUCAAGAGACUUGUGUAACAGAAAGUCACAUUGAUCUACAGUUUCUGUUAAUUACAGUUGUGGAAGCACAAUCAAUCAUGUCUAUCCGAGCAGACAUAGCCAGCAAGCCAGCAACCCACUAUGCCCCAUCAGACUGGCACACCAACAACCACCUCCUGGCGACCAACGCCGAGAAGCUCCGAGACGGCUCGCACGACACACGGCAGAGCUCCCAUCAGUUGCGCAACGACACCUACAACCGCACGGCCUGGGGCAUCCACGACAGCACCACGCGACUGUCCAACCGCAUCGACGACAUCGAAAAAUGGCGGGAAACACUGGAGAAGACACUUGCCGAUACGGACGAGGAGAUUGCGCGGCUGUCCCGCGACAAAGAUGAGGCGGAGAGGGCGCUAGAGGCCAAAGCGCUGCCCCUUGACGUAGCCACAGAGUGCGUAACGCUCCGAGAUGGACGCAGGAAAAUUGACGUUGUUGAUGAUGAAGCAAGCGCGCAAUUAAAUAAGGAAGUGGACGUGAUCGAAGGCAUCAAGGAGGCCCUUCAAGCCAAAGUAGCCUCGGCCUUUGAGCAGCUCUGUCUACUCCAGGAGGCCCGCCAACAACUAGCCGCCGACCUGCGGGACAAGACAGAAGCCAAGCAGAUUGACACGUACUGCCAGGACCUGAGCAUCGACUCGCCCGAUAUCUGCCUGCAGCCAAACUCCACACGCACACCCAAGGGGAGUGUGACCCCCCAGACAUGGCAGGACUUCAGCCAGUACAACACGGACCGGGCCAACGCCGAGAUCCGCUCCUCCACGCACCUGCGGGAGGCCAUCAACAGCACCAUCAAGCAGACUGAUAACGACCUGGAAGCCCAACGCCAGGCGUCGGAGUUUGCCCUACGGAAACGCAUCCACGAGAUGGAGCAGGCCAAAGAUGAGGACGAGUGGCAGAAGAAAAAUACAGAAGAAGAGAUCGCAAAACAGGAGAAGAACAUUCGGGAUCUGGAGCGGGCCAUCCAGGACAAGCAGAACCCCUUGAUGUUGGCCAUGACGCGUCUAGAGAACCGCACCUACCGACCCAACGUGGAGCUGUGCCGGGACAACGCCCAGUACGGCCUGGUAGGCGAGGUGCAUGAGAUCCAGGAUUCCAUCAAGGCGUUGCAGAAAAAGCUGCAGGACGCACACAACAUCCGGGAUGCAAACGAGAAGCAGCUGUACCGCAUCAAGCAGGACCUGGUUCUCAAGAACAACUCGCUGGACCUGGACAACAAGUGCAUGAGGGUCCGGGAGCAGCUGACCUCACGCCCCGUCACCCAGACCCAGAAGAACCUGGGCACCUUCCGCACCGACAGGGAGGUCUACACCGCCAUGAACGCCAUUCAAUACUGAGGGGGUUGUAAGCGAGGGGGUGGGGUUCAAAUUCAACAAGGGGACCUUGUUAACCAUUUGUGGAAAUCCUUUGACUUGGUAGCAAACGAAUCAGCACCGGGCUUUGCUUUAGCUUGUAUGUUGGCUUUAAUGUCUUCCCCACUUUGAAUGGCAUAUUGCUAAAUUUGGCUAAUUCAGGGCUUACGAAAUGCUCCAAACGUGUACAAAACAGACUCAGAUUCAUGUACAUUUGUACAGUCCGAACCUUAAUGCAAAGUACAACUAAAGUCGACUACAGAGUCAACUGUACUUGUUUAUAUGCUCAAAUUUUGACACUGACCGACACUUAAUUUCUUUCAUAAAUUUUCCUUUUUCCUUGCAAAAAUCCAGAUCUUUGCUACCAAGUUGACGGAUUAAUGUGCAUUCAGUCAUGAAGGAAUAUAAUUUUUUUUUAAAAUGUACUGGAUGGAAGUUCUGAUACUUCUUCACCUUUUGUAUAAAAAUAACUAAUAAUUCCAACAAGACUGUUUUAGUCAUUGUGUAUUUAACUAUCAUGAGAUCUGGUAAUUUGUUUCCGUCCAAAAUAAGGCGGUUUUGCCGACUAUUACCCGUCCCGGAAAUUCCGUCCAAUAACGCAGCAGGCCAGCAUUUAUAGCUGAUUUUUAUAUUUAUCUGUAUUUUUUCAAAUAAAUAAUCACAUGAAACCAACUUUAGUGAAGGAAAAAAUUCUAUUUGGAAAUUGCUGCAAUUACAGUGGACUGUUGUCGCAAAUGGGCCAAUGUUACUAUUUUAAUAUGCUCUGUUUACACAGGGUCUUUGAAAGUUACAACUAGGGAGAAGCAACACUAAUUUUAAUAUUGUUUGUGUCAUUUUUUUUACGGGCCUGAAGACAAUUUCUGGGGAUGGGAUUGAGGAACAUGUUUAGAUAUGUCUUCAUACACUUCUAACCAACCACUUUUGCAUGUUUUUUUAUGAAAUCCACCAUGGUCCAUGAAUUUUCACAUGCACUUUUGAGCAAUUUAGCAAUUUCUGGCACUGUAAAUAUUGUGUGUAUACUGCAUCUUAUAAUUGUUUAAUGUCAGCAAUGCAUGAAUAUCUUAAUAAAAAAAAUUGUCGUAAAAGUA